UCUCCCGCAGCCAGUGGGGGGCCCGGCCCCCAAAGAGCAGGGUCCCGCUGAAAACCCCGGUGCCCUUCCUCAUCAUCCACCACACGGACGGGAAAUCCUGCUCCUCGCAGGCCGCCUGCAGCCGGGUGGUCAAAGGAAUCCAGAACGACCACAUGGACAGGAAUCGCUGGUCCGACAUCGGCUACAACUUCCUGGUUGGUGAGGACGGCAGAGUCUACGAGGGCCGCGGCUGGACCACAAGGGGGGCACAUGCCCCGUCCAUGAAUAAAAUAUCUCUGGGAGUCAGCUUCAUGGGCAGUUACACCAGUACGUGGGUCCCUUCCAGGGGUGACAGUAACUUAAAUUUCUUACAGAUACUAAACAGCCCCCAACACGCCGCCGGCAUGAACGCCGCCCAGCGCCUGAUCCGAUGUGCCGUCUCCCGGGGCUUCCUGAGCCACAGCUACACCCUGAAGGGGCAUCGCAACGUGAACCCCACCAGCUGCCCCGGGGACGCCCUCUACAGGCGUGAGCGACAGGGUUUUAUUCCAGUCCCAGCCACGUCCCCUGGGCGCAGAGGGGACCAGGGCGAGAGUCACUGGGGGCUGCUUUGUCCUGCAGAAACAGCCCCCAACGCCGCCGCCCUGAACGCCGCCCAGCGCCUGAUCCGAUGUGCCGUCUCCCGGGGCUUCCUGAGCCACAGCUACACCCUGAAGGGGCAUCGCAACGUGAACCCCACCAGCUGCCCCGGGGACGCCCUCUACAGGGUCAUCACCAAGUGGCCCAGGACCCAGCGAGAGGACGAUGCUGCUGCUGACGCGGGUCGUGUGGCUCUCCGCGCUCUGCGCCAUGGUGCUUGCCAGUGGGGGGCCCGGGCCCCGAGAAGCAGGGUGCGCCUGAGGACCCCAGCGCCCUUCGUCAUCAUCCACCACACGGCCGGGAACCACUGCACCUCGCAGGCCGCCUGCAGCCAGCAAGUCAAGAGCAUCUGGAGCGACAUCGGCUACAAGGGGGAGGGGCCUUGGCUAAGAAAAUGCAGCAGGGGGGUUGCAUUGCAGAAUGCAAUGGAGGGGACUGAGACGGAUGUGGCCAAUCGAGAGCGCGGGCGGGGGAAGGGGAUUUAUCGAGGUCACGUCACAUCCCCUGGGUGCAGACGGGACCAGGGCGAGAUUCACUGGGGGCUGCUUUGUCCUGCAGAAACAGCCCCCAACGCCGCCGCCCUGAACGCCGCCCGGAGUCUGAUCCAAUGCGCCGUCUCCCGGGGCUACCUGAGCCGCAGCUACACCCUGAAGGGGCAUCGCAACGUGAACCCCACCAGCUGCCCUGGCAACGCCCUCUACGGGGUCAUCCCCUCUGAUGAGGUGUAUGGCACCUACUGA